GCAUUCAGAUCAGAUUUCUUUCGGGUUGAAGGAUUGGCAUUUCUUCAGGUACAUUGCAAGUAUUCAGAACACUACCACAUCCCAAGCUCCCCUUGCUGAUCCCCCAAAGAGCCAUGGCUCAACCCAGUCAGCCAGACUCGCUGCCGCCCCCGCCGACCCUCUCCUCCUCACUAUCCUCCCAAAUCGACCUUCUCGUGGCCCUCCACCUUUGGUCCUGGCCUGCCUUGACUCUUGCGAUCCAAAACUCUUGGGGCGGCUCUCCAGAGGUCUCGAAAGACAAGCGGGAUUGGUUUGCCGGCGCCGUGUCCGAAUUGCUCACAUCGACCCCUCCGCAAUUGGCAGAUGUCGCCGACCUUGAAGAAGUCUUGAUCCAAGUCAUGCUUGAUGAAUUUGAGGUCGUGGUCGACGAUGGUAGCGCCGAAGAGACUGCGAAGAAUAUCUGGAGUGGAGCGACAAAAUUGAGCGCCGGGGAUACGUCUGAGUUGAACGAGCUCUAUACGAAGUGGCAAGAGAAGCAAAACAACGGUGGCGACAAGGUCGUUGGUAUCAUCAGAGGGGAGGACAAAGAGGGUGAAGAGACGGACUGGGACGAUGACGACGACGACGGCAGUGAAGAAGAGGAAGAGUGGAACGGGUUUCCUGAUCGAUCCGACGUCCAGAUGGACGAUGCUCCUACAAUUAUUGACAUUGACUGGAAACCAAAGCAGAAGCCCGAGCCAGAGGUGGACGAGGAUGGGUUCACAAAGGUUGUCAGCAAGAAGAAAAAAUGACUCCAGAUUGAUUUUGUCACAUCCUUCUGAUCACCUGGCACACACCUUCGAGGAUCGAAGUUUGCCAGAGCACACCGUCAAAACAGUGCAUGUUCGACAGCGGCAUCACAAUUACUACCACGACUUCAGUGACCCUCCGCGUCGACUAGCCCCAGCUUCUCGUUCUCCUUUUUACUCCUCUGGCUCCACUCGGGCGGCUCAUCGAUGCCUUCUUCCUCUUCGCGAUCUCCCUGUGCCUUGUCCUUAUGCACAGUGGUCGGCUUGUGCUCCGCUGGGGAGUACACGGUAUACAAAAUCAGCGGAGUUGGUCCAGUGUUGAUGAACUGGUGCUGUGUGCCUGCAGGCACGAUGAUGAGAUCCCCAGCCUUUACAUCUUGGUCUACGCCAUUGAUAGUGGCUUUGCCUUUUCCGGAUGUGAAGGUAAGGAUCUGGUCGACAGUGUGUUUCUGCAAGAGUAAGAAGACAACAUUAGCGAUCACACACAUCCAAGUUGUCCACAGAGAAUCUGCGGAAAAUAGCGGCUAGACCAUACUUCGUCUCCGAUCUCACCAUCCACCGGCACGGUCAUCAGGACCAACUGGCUGUACAAUCCCGUCCACAAGACCCGACGGAACUCGGCCGACUCGCCGGGUAGCGAGGUCGUCAUAUCCGGGAAAUAGGCCAUUUCAUGCUUCGGCGGGUCCAUUGAGGGCGUGGUGAACUUCAUCUUGGUGGCUGUGUGCUGUCGAAUCGCUGGGGCUGAGCUUCUCUGUCUCGCUUUUGCGGCGUUGAACGGAGUGAAGAGAGAACCAGCACCUCUAUGGUAUCCUUUUGAUCUGAGACGGCCGGAUUCAAAGCGUAGACAGCAAGAUCUCCCAAGUCUGAAGGACAGUUGUGGUGGAAGAGACAUGGAACAAAAAGAUGAGAGUUAUUCGGAACAGAGAAAAGACCAACACGAAAGAAUCCGAGAGCAGAUGAUGUGAUUGAUGAUUGUAUUUUAAAUUCCUCCUCGGAGAAGUAACACCUGAAGCCCUGAUUUGCUGAAGGUAUGGAAAUUCACGGGGUCCUUUUACGUCGACCCUACUUACAGGUAGCGUUUAAUUGACCUGGAGAGUUGGUCCGGAAGGUCUCAUUUGCCCAAAUCGGUGGAGUGCAGAGCAGUUGCAGGCCGGGUUGCCGAAAAGGGAAGAAACAGAGUGUUGAUGUCAUGAAAGACAGAGAAGGUCAUGAUCCCAUCUCCUAG